AUGUCCACGGUUCCGAUGGCAUCAAUCCACACUCGAUCUUCUAGAAAGUCCGACUCCUUUACGACACGAUCUAGCACCAGGAGCAACGUCGCGCCACCUCCGAGCAGCAACAACGACGCUCACAACCGACUCCGCCAAUCUAACAUUGGCAGAAGGAAACGAUCGCGUGAGGACGAUAGCGAAGAUGAAGAUACGAUCAAGAACAAGAAAGCAAAGAUCACCGUCCAGUUCAAACCUAGAUCGCAGGCCCAGUCGAAGACCAGAUCUCUCGUCAUCAAGGACAGCGCGACGUCGGACGUGCUUUGCACGCCCGCUUCACCACCUCCAGAAACCCAGGAAGACGCAACACCACUGACGAAACCACCACCACCUCUACGAGAUCCACCAAUACACCACCAGAAAGUUUCAAAUGGCCUUAAACACGAAUUAGAUCGUUUGCAACCCAAUGCCGCGGACCUUAAGGAUGACAAGAGGAAGCUACGAUCGACGGAGGGGACGAGAUUCAAGAGUGAAUUGUCGGCAUACUUUCCAGAAUAUGACGAGGUGAUUGGGAAUGAACCCAAGGAUGACUAUAUCUUAACCAUCGAUACCCCCAUAAUCAUAAUCGACAGCGCUACCAAGAAUGCUCCAAAACACCCCUCACCACGAAAAGCACAACUUAAAGAAGAACCUCUAAGAGUCAAAGAAUUUCCCUCGAGUUUGUUUGACGACGUAAACGACGCGCAGAGGGUGGAUUAUAGUUUCCUGGCGAGGAGCUAUGUGGAGGAUAAUGCGGUCGACCCAUUGAGUGAUGAAUACUUCGAGAAGUUACACAAGAAACCCGAAAGGCAGGAGAAGGCUAUUAGAAAUUCGGACAAGGGCCGCGCACAGCAUGAGAAGGAUCAGAUCGUUAGGCUGCUGGAAGGGCUACAAGGUCAUGAUUGGUUAAAGCUAAUGGGUGUCAAUGGGGUCACAGAUUCGAGGAGGAGGGAGUAUGAACCCGCAAGAGAACAUUUCAUCAAAGGAUGUGAAGCCAUAUUGGAGAAGUUUCGGAAUUGGAAGGACGAGGAAAAGCGGAGGAAGCUAGAGAAGGAGCAAGCUGUGGCAGAAGCGGAUGCCGACUCGGAUAUGGACGAUUCGAGGAGUAAUGGUGAUCCACCGGACUUUAGUGACACUGAUGCUUCUGCUGCAAGGCAGCUGCAUGAGGAAAACAUUGCACGAUCAGCUCCUCGAAGAGAUAGAAGGAAGACGAACACUGUUGUUGUAUACAACGAACCGGAACCAGAGAGGGAAUUCAAGUCAUUCUUCUCAAAACCAUAUCUUCGGACCGCGGCACUAGGAAAGCAUCGUCGAAGUAAUCGAAGCGUGUCUGCCUGGGGUCAUCCAAUUCCAGAGGUCCCAGAUCAAGAUUUUGAUUUGCCAGAAGAAUAUCGAGACGAAGAAACCCUCCGAACCCACGCACGGAGAAAACGUCUUAAUAGACGGGUUAGCAAGAAUUGA